AAAUUUGCUAUAAAUUGCUCAUUCUGAGCUUUGAAUGUCAUUAGUUCAGUAUAAGCUGUUAACAAAGCACAAACAAACUACAACAAAAUGAAAUUCCUUAUCUGCUUGGCUCUCCUCUUCGCCGUCGCCCAGGCUAACCCCGGUAUCGUGGCACCUUUGACUUACUCGGUUGUCCCCUCCGUGGCCACCUAUGCUGCAUCCCCAUAUGCCUACAGCGCCUAUGCCGCACCUGCCGUUGCCACCUACUCACACACCGCUUACUCCGCUCCAGCUGUGGCCACUUACUCCCAUGUUGCUGCUCCAGCUGUGUACAGCGCUCCAGUCGCUCGUGUUGCCGCGGUCGCGCCCGUUGCUUACUCUGCUCCAGUCGUCUCAACUCUGUUGAAGAAAGUCCAUCAACAAAAAGCAUUAUUUAUAAAAAUCCAAAAAACAUCUAUUUCUUCAACAGAGUUGAAACGACUGGAGCAGAGUAAGCAACGGGGGCGACCGCGGCAACACGAGCAUCUGGAGCGCUGUACACAGCUGGGGCAGCAACAUGAGAAAUGCUAUACCACCAAAAGUUGGGUUCUGGCGUGGCAAAAAUUUUGCUAUAAAAUAUGCGCGCAGAAUCGUAAUUGGUAUCAGUUAACUCACAGCAGUCAAUUAACUUCAAACUCACACAAAAUGAAAUUCCUCAUCUGUUUCGCACUCCUCUUCGCCGUCGCUCAGGCCAAUCCCGGUUUGGUGGCUCCUUUGACUUACUCCGCCGCUGCUGUGCCCGCCUACACCGCCUAUGCCGCUGCUCCUUAUGCCGCUUACUCCACCUAUGCUGCUCCUGCCGUCGCCACCUACUCACAUGCCGCUUACUCCGCCCCAGCUGUGGCCACUUACUCCCAUGUUGGUGCUCCAGCUGUUUACAGUGCUCCAGUCGCCUCAGUAGCUUCAGUGGCUCCAGUUGCUCCAGUCACCUACUCCGCUCCCUUGGUGUCCACUUUGUUGAAAAAGAAAAUUUUUGGGUAUGAUAUUACUCUAGCAGGUGAAUUCCUCAUCUGCUUGGCUCUCCUCUUCGCCGUCGCCCAGGCUAACCCCGGCAUCGUGGCUCCUUUGACUUACUCUGCUGUACCCACCGUGGCCACCUACGCUGCAUCCCCCUAUGCCUACAGCGCUUAUGCCGCACCUGCCGUUGCCACUUACUCACACCUUGCUGCGCCAGCUGUGUACAGCGCUCCGGUGGCCCGUGUUGCCGCUGUGGCUCCCGUUGCACGCGUAGCUGCGGUCGCUCCUGUCGCCUACUCCGCUCCAAUCAUCUCCACACUCCUGAAGAAAUAAGUUCUAUUACAAACAACAUAAAAUUGUUUGAGCAAUAGUUGAAGUAUCUGUAUAUAUGUGUAAAAUAAAAUAAUGCUUUGUUGGAAAUGAACA